CCAUCCUCUAUCUCACGCACGCCCUCCUCCCCAGACUACCGACAGUGCUACAACUUCACGUGGGCGGGAGACCAAAACAGCACCACCUGUGAGGACCGUAGCCCGCCCUGUAUCCUGCCUCUUGUUUUUACUGUCCCCAGCACACGACCACCCGACAUGCAGGCGCUGGAGGAAUACUGCAAAGAGAACCAGUGUGCAAUCAAGUGCAAGAAGGAAGCAAGUUGCAUCCGCUGGAACUGGUAUGAUGUCAAUGACCGCCUGACCAACUUCUCCCUCUUCUGUGGCACUGUGGCCGAUGACACCAACAAGGACACGACGGGAGCCAAACCGGUGGAUAGCGGCUGCUGGAAGGAACGGGUCGGUAUCAACAUGAAGGAGAUGUGCGUCUGCAAUGACCGUGACCUCUGCAACCACGCCCAUGGACUCUCUAGCCCCGCCCAUGUCCUCGUGUUCUUCUCCGUGGGCAUCGGUUUGGUCCAGCUGUUUAUGGGAGGGUUGUGGGUGCGCUGAGGAAGAAGGUGAAAGGGAUGGGAGGAGGAGAGCGAAGGAGGAGAGGAAGGAAGGGGAAAGACUCAAUGCUAAAUGUCUUUAAUUUCUCUUCUUUUUGUUUUUCUUCUAUUCAUUAUUUUUUUAUAUAAUUGAUAAUAUUAUUAUAAACGCUAAGAAUUGCAAAAUAAUUUUCUGGCGUGUGUGUAAAAGGAUGUUGUUUAUCAAUAUGUACAAAGAAAAGCUUAUAAAUAUAUUUGCAUACAGAGAGAGAGAGAGAGAGAGAGAGAGAUAGCAAAAGAGAACAGUUUACGGAGAACAGCAUUAUGAAAUGGAUCCAUUUGAGCACCAAUCAUUAUUUCUAGGAUGAUAAACAAACAAAAAUGUAAAUAGAGGUACAUUUUGGUGAGAAAUCUUCGCCUUUGAAAUUACAAGAUUUUUUUUUACAAUACUCUUUGAUCAUUGAUUACCAAAAAUAUGACUACUUCAUUAGAUCGAUUAAUAUUGGGAAAUCUUGAUGAAAGUUGCACGCCAAAAUGUACUUCAAAAAUAUGUAAUAAGUCAUAGAGGCUAAAUAUUUCUUACCAGCAUUUUAUCCUUUCAGUGUACAUUUAGAUUACAAACUGUAAUCAAGUAUUGUAAUUGUGAUAUUCUCUUGUUCUUAAUUUUGAGGACUUUGUAAAAAUGAUUACUGUGAUUGAUUUUAUUUAGGCAAGGGCGUCAAAUAUGCUGUCCGACAUAUUCUUGUUUUGGUCCCGCGUUCGCUUUGUUGUUCCCGCCAUUUCAUGCGAUUCACAACGAUUAAAUUGAAUGGCCUUUCAUCUUUCAAAAAUAUCACUUAUACUGAUUAAUCCUUUAAGAGCGCCAUGCGUGGAUGAAGGUAGAUUAAAUUCAUCUCUUUCAUUGUGCCAUAUUCCUCCCCUUUAAGGUGACCUAGACAUGAUCAUGUUAAUGUUAUCUGAGCCGUAUAAUGUGUUCUCAGGUUACAUUAGGCUUUUUGACUUCCCUCAUCUAUAGUAUGACCAUCCGUGUCUGUCUGUAUCCCAAAAAAUAUGAUUUUUUGAUAUGUGAUUUUGCUAUAUAAUCUAUUAUCCAAAAAGUACUAUAUUCUGUGUCAAUAUCCUGAAUAAAGAUACAUUUUCGA